UACAAAUGUCAAAUGUCCAACCAAACAUUUUUUUCUUUACUUGAGCUUAUUGUUGCAGUUUUACUUAAAUAUUGAAAUAUUUACCAUGUUUGGGGUUAAAAUGAAUCCUUUUAACGAUAGCGAACAAGAACAAGAUGCUAAUUCUGCCUUAACCGAAUUAGACAAAGGCCUUCGCUCAGGAAAAGUCGGAGAACAAUGCGAGGCGAUCGUGCGCUUCCCUCGUUUAUUCGAAAAAUACCCUUUUCCUAUACUAAUUAACUCAUCAUUCCUGAAAUUAGCGGAUGUGUUUCGUAUGGGAAACAACUUUUUGCGGCUUUGGGUUCUGCGCGUUUGUCAGCAAAGCGAAAAACAUUUGGAUAAAAUCCUGAAUAUAGACGAGUUUCUACGAAGAGUUUUUAGUGUUUUACACUCAAAUGAUCCUGUUGCGCGGGCGUUGGCCCUCAGGACGUUAGGCGCGGUGGCGGGAAUCAUUCCGGAGAAGCAAAACGUACAUCACGCCAUUCGCAGGGGAUUGGACAGCCACGAUAAUGUCGAAGUGGAUGCCGCGAUUUAUGCUACUACGAGAUUUGCCGCACAUUCCAACACAUUUGCAGUGGCCAUGUGUAACAAACUCUCGGACAUGGUGGAGUGUGAGAGCACCGCAGCUGAAAGACGUGCCAAGCUAGUCAGGGCUUUGAGGACAGUGCAUGGAGGAGCUGUGCGAGCGCAAGGCGUUCUGAAGCUUCUCCGCUCAUUGCUGGAGAAGUUUCCAUCGUCAAGUUCUGUACGCGCCGCCAUCACAGCACUGACGCAUAUAGCCGCCGACACGGUCGUACAUGUUCCUGAUCAAGUGGAGCUGCUCCUAAGCCUGGCCCGUAACGAUGCCCGGUCAUCCGUGCGUCGUGCGGCACUCCUGGGCCUGAAGAAGCUGGCAGAACACGCAUCGCUGUGGCCCGCCACCUGCAUCCACGAGCUGGUGCGCGCCGCCUCCGACACGCAGGACAACGAGCACACCAUGCUGUGUUUGGAGGUCAUGCAGAUGUUGGUGCGCUGCCCGGCGGUGUGCGCGGCGGCGGGCGAGGAGGCGAGCGCGCUGCGGCAGUACUGCGGCGCGGCGGCGCUCAGCGCGGACCUGCGCCGCGCCGCCACCGCCGCCGGCGUGCUCACCGACGUGCUCGUGCACUGCUAUGAGGAAUCUCUACCAGUGGAUGGUUCUGAUUUGAUGAUAGCUUUGGAGACGUUAGUCAUCGCAACUGGUGUGGAUAACAACCCAAACAAUAUAAAACCUUUGAGGAUUGGUUUGCGGUGCUUGGUGCGACUGUGCGGCGCGCAGGGCUCACAGUCGGCAGCGCGUGCGGCCGGAGCACUCGGGCGGCAGGCGGCGGCGGCAGCGGCAGCAACCACGGCAACCACUACGGCAGCCACCACAGCAACAACGGCACAAGCCGCGCGUCUCGCCGCGCUGCUCGAGGCACUCGCCGCGCUCGGCUCCGCCAGCCCCGCCGCGCUCAAACCAGCCAAGCGAUCGCUUAUGGCCACGCUUCAAACGCUACAUAGCGAGAUAAAGUCAGGCAGGCAGUCGGACGACGGCACUAACUUGGUGCUGGCGUGCACAGUGCUGUUCCAAGAGCGCGCUGGGACGGCGCUGACGUGCCAGGUGUACGCCGAGUGGCAGUCGGUCGUGCUCGACGUCGUCGCGGAGGCGGAUGGGUGGCUGCGGUACAGGGUCGCCAGGGCUGCUCUCAGGUAUGGUCAUCACAGCCUGGCGGCCGAGAUCCUAUCGCGCCUGUGCGAAGAAGCACCGAGCGAAGCAGCUCAACGCUGGCUCACAGCAUUGCAUAAAGCUGCUGUCGCCGAUGCCAAGCUAGUUGAAGAAGGCAUCUCUGGUCUGGAGGAGUGCAGUGCGGGCUGGGAGGUGUCGAGCGGCGUGGCUGCGGGCGUGGGCGCGACGGGCGCGGGCGCGUGCUGCGCGGCGUGCGCCGGCUGCGCUGCGUGCGCGCCGCUGCCGCCCGCGUGGAUGCGCGCGCGUGCGCAGGCGCUGUCCGCGCUCGCCGUCACCGCCGCCGCCGCGCGCGCCCUCUGCACGCAGCCGCCGCCCGCCAUCGCGCAUGCGUACGCACAGGCGAGCCGCGACCCGCUGCUGACGGCGGGCGCGGCGGCGCCGGCGCUGCGGCGGGCGGCGCGCGCGGUGUCGGCGGCGGCGAGCGCGUACGGCGCCAUCGCGCGCACCGCCUUCCACGCCGACGACUCCACGCUGCGGCACCUGCACAUUUCCCAACACACCUAUACACAGUUAGCGCAGUUUCUGGACCGAAUAACUUCGAAUCAACAGGAAAAAGCGACGGAAUCAAUGAGGGAGAUGACGCCAAAUACUUUGGACGAAAUGAUUGCACUCUUACCAAGCAAGAAACUCACAGAGAUCUCUAUAAAACUGUUCGAUAAUCCCACUACUAACCCUGGUAUUACGCAUCGGCACGCCGAGGCGGUGCUCGCGGCGGUGCGCGCGUGCGGCGGCGGCGCGGUGUGGGCGCGCGGCGCGUGCGCGGGGCGCGGCGGCGCGCUGUGCCGCGUGGCGCUGUCGCCCGGCGCGCGCGCGCCGCCCGCCGACCACGCCGCCGCGCUGCCGCUGUCGCACCGCCUCGCGCUCAAGCUCGAGGGCGUCAUACUGCCCGCCGUGCCGCUCAGUAAACGGCAAAAACAACGUCAAGUAAAGGGAGUGCAGAUCACUGUAACGGCGACACCUCACCCGCGGACUAAUGAAAAGACGGUAGAACUAACAAACAUCCCGCCAGUGCUGUCGGCGGUGCAGACGGUGACCCCGGUGCGGGACUUCUUCUCCGCGCAGCAGCUCAUCAGCGUGAGUGCGGCGGGACUCUACACUGUGGCCGUGGAGGCCGCCUUCGUGGACGAGCAGGGAGAGCUCUGGAACACCGGCCCGCGGACCUCUAUUGUCAUCAAGGCCCACGAGGAACCCACAGCCAAAGGCAACGCGCAGACAACCAGAGGGAGAUUUUGAAAUAAGAAGAAACAUUAGGUUAAGUAGACAACAUUAAAUACAAUUUUGUAGCAUAGAAUAUAAAUUGGUAGUAUAAUAAUGUAGAUAGCAAAGGUAAUGCAUCAGAUACAAACAAUAUGAAACAACGCACCAGGAUGGAGGUAUUAACAGUAGUAAUAACUACAAAUGGUGUAAUUAGUGACUUCACUAAACAUAUAAAAGAAAAUAAAUAUCUGAUGAUUGAAAAAUCAGCCUUUUAAUGGCUUCUUAAAAAUAAAAUAAUGGUAGUAUUAUUACCAAAGGCCUGAUUUACCAUUUUUAAGUAAAUUGUGACUAUAGUUAGCUAAUAACGUUGUUAAUCGAAUAAUUAAAUAGUUUUCGAUCUUUAAUUAACCAUUAUAAGUACAGAAUGUGGACUCGUAUAAUAGUUUAUGCAUUUAUAAGACGUCAAUAAUGUUACUAUCAAUAAAAAAAUAUGAAAAGCUCUAUUAUAUAAGAGGUUAGAUAUUUUAUUAUUACUUAUACGAAUCUACCGCUCUGUAUACUUAAUAUUUAAUAUCUCGUAAAUCUAUUUACAAACCAAUUUAUAAUUCAACGAGAUAGAAGCGAAUUGGUGAUAGGACAUGUGUAGACGUGUUGAGAUUGGAAGAAAUACUUUAGUGCGUAUUUUGAUUGUAGUAAUACUAUCACAAUGUACUGUAGAAAGGUGUCGUCAUAUUCGUUUAGUUAGGUGGGGUAAUACCGGAUAGGAGUUAUACCAUUAUUCCAAAAUUCCUGCUACAUACGACAUAUUUUACUAAAAUGGACUAGACAGCCAGAAAUGGUAUUUUGUAAUCUACCACAAUUGUUUGCCCUGUAUUAUUUAAAUUUACAGGUUAGCAGUAAUUUUAAAACAAUUGGAUAUUCCGUGAUCCGGUCUUACCCCAACUCACCCUUUUGUACUUAGACAGUGGAUAUGGCGGUGCUGGUUUCGGUUUGUGGUCAGCAAUUAGACGGUUUGUCGGAAAUUUUACGCCAAAUCUAUUUUGCAACAUGCUUGAAGUGUUUCAAAAGUAUAGCUACAAGAACAUAUAGACAUGAAAGAGAAAAUAAAUAUUACUCUAAAAAUGACAUGCGAAUAUGUAUUUUUUUUUUUUUUUUUAAGAAUAUUAAAUAGAAUGCCAAGACUCGAGGGCAUAGAUCUAGAAAUAUAAUCCUAGAAUUAAAUAUGAUAUAUUUUUAUUUUAAAUAAUGUAACAUUUAACGAACUUCUAGUAUGUUCAUAUCAAGUCGAAAAUCUGCAAUAUUUAAUGACUUUAUUCUUCCAAUAUUGCAAAUAUUUUUGCACAGAUAUAAUUAUCACAAUAUAGUUGAAACUAGAUUGUUUAGCUCAUUACAGUUAAUGACAUAAACUCAAAUAAGUUUAUAUUUAAUUAUUGUAACAUAAUAAAACAUGUCUCUUAUCAAUGUAAUCUCGCAAUAAACAAAUAAAAGGACAAAGAGGUUUUUUUUAUCAA